CCGCUCGCCGGCCCCCCCUAGCAUCCCCCCUGCUGAGCCAAACUUGGUGUUGCACCUUGAGAGGAACUUGUCGGGCUUGCAGGAUGAGCGCGUACACGGUGUCGCUGCCCGGGCCCGGACCUUGGGGGUUCCGUCUGCAGGGUGGCAAGGACUUCAAUAUGCCGCUGACCAUCUCCAGGAUCUCGCCGGGCAGCAAGGCGGCGCUCGCCAACCUGGUCCAGGGCGACGCCAUCGUGGCCAUUGAUGGCGUCAGCACGGAGGGCAUGACUCACCUGGAGGCCCAGAACAAGAUCAAGAUGGCCACCUACAACCUGGCCCUCACCAUGUCCAAGUUCAAGCGUCCUGUCGUCAUGCCGCCCCCGAGGAUGGACAUCAGCUUUCCUAUGAUCCCUCACCAGCAGGUGUUCACCCCCGCUGCUCCCAACGUGGGCUUCAACGCCAGCGGGCCGAAGGAAACGUCGGUGUCCACCACCCACAAGCACAUCGAGGUGAAGGGCCCCGGCGGCAAGGCCACCAUCAUCCAUGCCCAGUACAACACGCCCAUCAGCAUGUACUCGCAAGACGCCAUCAUGGACGUCAUCGCAGGCCAGACCAUGACCAAGGGCCACGACGCUGGCCCAGAGCCGGUCAAAGAGCGGCUGGUAGACAGCGCCUCGCCGGUCUACCAGGCGGUCCAAAGUGCGGGCAAGGUCCAGGAUGAGGGCGAGUGGGGUCAGCGGAGCAGCCACGUGCAGUCCAAGUCCUUCCAGGUCUUGGCCCACAUGACGGGAACCGACUCUUUAACCCAGGAGGAGGAGCUUAGGAGGAGCAGCAUGAAGCGCCAAUCUGCUGCUGGCGUGAGCGUCCAGCACCGUGCUGCCGUGUCCAGCCAGUUCGGUCAGCCCCCCGCCGGGCCUCCUUCCCAGCAGGCCCCGCCCCCUCAGCAGUACCAGCCACCUCCUUCCCAGCAGGCCCCGCCCCCUCAGCAGUACCAGCAACCUCCUUCCCAGCCGGCCCCGCCCCCUCAGCACUAUCAACAGGCCCCGCCCACCCAGCAGAGCUCCAUCCAGAUACCGGUGGGCUCCGCCCCUCCCAAGGUGGUCAGCACCGCCUGCAUCUACCCCUCUCAGCCAGCUCAGGCCCCGCCCCCGCCGCGACCUCACCCCGCCGCUGCGCACGCGCCUCAGGGUGGCGGCGCCGCCUCCAACCGCCCCCCCUGGGUGACCGACACCUCCUUCGCGGACAAGUUUGACCCCGGCAAGACCACCACCACCGUCGUCAAGGCGCCGCCGCUGCCUCAGGGCGCGCCUCCUCCGCCGGCGUACAUCCCCAACCCUUCCCCCGCCGCCAUGAGCCCCGCCCCCGCCCCCGCCCAUGUCGCUCCCAACCCCGCCCCCUUCCCGCCGGUGGCCAGAGGCGUGGCACAAAGGGCGGAGAGGUUCACCGCCAGCAGCCGCACGGCGCUCUGCGGCGCCUGCAACAGCGUCAUCCGGGGUCCCUUCCUGGUGGCGCUGGGCCGCUCGUGGCAUCCCGAGGAGUUCAACUGCCAUUACUGCAACGUGUCGCUGGCGGACGUCAGCUUCGUGGAGGAGCAGAACAACGUCUACUGUGAGAAAUGCUACGAGGAGUUCUUCGCCCCCACCUGCGCUCGCUGCAGCACCAAGGUCAUGGGGGAGGUGAUGCACGCUCUGAGGCAGACGUGGCACACCACAUGUUUCGUGUGCGCCGCCUGUGGAAAACCUUUUGGCAACAGUCUCUUCCACAUGGAGGAUGGAGAACCUUACUGCGAGAAAGAUUACGUGGCGCUCUUCAGCACCAAAUGUCACGGCUGUGACUUCCCAGUGGAAGCUGGAGAUAAAUUCAUCGAAGCUUUGGGUCACACCUGGCAUGACACCUGCUUCGUGUGCGCGGUGUGUCACAUCAACCUGGAAGGCCAACCUUUCUACUCCAAGAAGGACAAACCUUUGUGCAAGAAGCACGCUCACGCCAUCAACGUGUAACCUAGCAACCACAUGCAUCAAUGUGUAACCUAGCAACCACACGCCAUCAAUGUGUAACCUAGCAACCGCACGCCAUCUAUGUGUAACCUAGCAACCACACGCCAUCAACGUGUAACCUGGCAACCACACGCCAUCAACCUAUAACCCAGCAACCACACACAUCAACCUGUAACCUAGCAACCACACACAUCAACCUGUAACCUGGCAACCACACACAUCAACCUGUAACCUGGCAUCCACACGCCAUCAACGUGUAACCUAGCAAUCACACACAUCAACGUGUAACCUGGCAACCACACGCCAUCAACGUGUAACCUGGCAACCACACGCAUCAAUGUGUAACCUAGCAACCACACGCCAUCAAUGUGUAACCUAGCAACCGCACGCCAUCAAUGUGUAACCUAGCAACCGUACGCCAUCAACGUGUAACCUGGCAACCACACGCCAUCAACGUGUAACCUGGCAACCACACACAUCAACGUGUAACCUAGCAACUGUACGCCAUCAACGUGUAACCUAGCAACCGCAGGCCAUCAACGUGUAACCUAGCAACCGCUUCUUCACUUCUACACGCGUGUGCUAAAACACAUUUUGCUUUUGCUUUUUUAAAUCUUCCAAUUUCAAAUCAAAUCUUUGUCUUCUGUUUUUCUCUUUGAAUUGUUCUUUUUGCUUUUCUUUGUUUGCAACAACAUGAAACCUUUCAGGCUGUGAAUGCAACUCAAGCCUUACUGUGGUCAAAUUCCCCAGCUUCUUACAGACACUUGAACUAACCACAGGCAACAAUCUGCAAUGUAAUAAACAUACAAGAAAGUUGAACUCUAUGAAUAAAUAUGUCAUCCAUCCAUCCAUCCAUUUUCUACCGCUUGUCCCUUUCGGGGUCGCGGGUAAAUAUGUCAUCCACCCAAAAAUAAUAUUUAAAUACUUUGUCAUUUUUUUUUAAUAACUGUAAGAAUACAAAUGAAUCAAAGGAGAUACAAUUUAUUGAUUUUAUAUUAUGUGUAAUAUAGUUUAAUGACCAGAAUUAUUUUAGACACUUGAACUCAGCACAUUCAGUCCUGCAGGAUUACAGUCACUCAAUGUAACAUUUGAAUGUCCUACACUAUGUUAGACACUUGAACUCAGCACAUUCAGUCCUGCAGGAUUACAGUCACCCAAAGUAACAUUUGAAUGUCCUACACUAUGUUAGACACUUGAACGCAGCACAUUAAGUCCUACAAGAUUACAAACCCCCAAAGUAACAUUUGAAUGUCCUACACUAUGUUAGAUACUUGAACUCAACACAUUGAGUCCUGCAAGAUUAGAGAAACCGAAAGUAACAUUUGAAUGCCCUACGCUAUGUUAGACACUUGAACUCAGCACAGUCAGUCCUGCAAAAUUGCAGACACCAAAGGUAACAUUUGAAUGUCCCACACUAUGUUAGACACUUGAACUCAGCACAUUCAGUACUGCAGGAUUACAGUCACCCAAUGUAAAAUUUGAAUGUCCUAUACUAUGUUAGACACUUGAACUCAGCACAUUUACUCCUACAAGAUUACAAACCCCCAAAGUAACAUGUCCUACACUAUGUUAGACACUUGAACUCAGCACCUUUAAUCCUACAAGAUUACAAAAACCCAAAGUAACAUUUGAAUGUCCUACACUAUGUUAGAUACUUGAACUCAACACAUUGAGUCCUGCAAGAUUAGAGAAACCGAAAGUAACAUUUGAAUGCCCUACGCUAUGUUAGACACUUGAACUCAGCACAUUCAGUCCUGCAAAAUUGCAGACACCCAAGGUAACAUUUGAAUGUCCCACACUAUGUUAGACACUUGAACUCAGCACAUUCAGUACUGCAGGAUUACAGUCACCCAAUGUAAAAUUUGAAUGUCCUAUACUAUGUUAGACACUUGAACUCAGCACAUUUACUCCUACAAGAUUACAAACCCCCAAAGUAACAUGUCCUACACUAUGUUAGACACUUGAACUCAGCACCUUUAAUCCUACAAGAUUACAAAAACCCAAAGUAACAUUUGAAUGUCUCACACUAUGUUAGAUACUUGAACUCAACACAUUCAGUCAUGCAGGAUUAGAGAAACCCAAAGUAACAUUUGAAUGUCCUACGCUAUGUUAGACACUUGAACUCAACACAUUCAGUCCUGCAAGAUUAGAGAAACCCAAAGUAAAAUUUGAAUGUCCUAUACUAUGUUAGACACUUGAACUCAGCACAUUCAGUACUGCAGGAUUACAGUCACCCAAUGUCAAAUUUGAAUGUCCUACACUAUGUUAGACACUUGAACUCAGCACAUUUAAUCCUACAAGAUUACAAAAACCCAAAGUAACAUUUGAAUGUCUCACACUAUGUUAGAUACUUGAACUCAACACAUUCAGUCAUGCAGGAUUAGAGAAACCCAAAGUAACAUUUGAAUGUCCUACGCUAUGUUAGACACCUGAACUCAACACAUUCAGUCCUGCAAGAUUAGAGAAACCCAAAGUAACAUUUGAAUGUCCUACACUAUGUUAGACACUUGAACUCAGCACAUUUACUCCUACAAGAUUACAAAUCCCCAAAGUAGCAUGUCCUACACUAUGUUAGACACUUGAACUCAGCACCUUUAAUCCUACAAGAUUACAAAAACCCAAAGUAACAUUUGAAUGUCUCACACUAUGUUAGAUACUUGAACUCAACACAUUCAGUCAUGCAGGAUUAGAGAACCCCAAAGUAACAUUUGAAUGUCCUACGCUAUGUUAGACACUUGAACUCAACACAUUCAGUCCUGCAAGAUUAGAGAAACCCAAAGUAACAUUUGAAUGUCCUACGCUAUGUUAGACACUUGAACUCAGCACAUUCAGUCCCGCAACAUUGCGGACACCCAAAGUAACAUUUGAAUUUCCUCCACUUUGUUAAACACUUGAACUCAGCACAUUAAAUUCUGCAAGAUUGCAGACACCCAAAGUAACAUUUGAAUGUCCCACACUAUGUUAGACACUUGAACUCAGCACAUUAAAUCCUGCAAGAUUACAGCAACCCAAAGUAACUUUUGAAUAUCCUACACUAUGUUAGACACUUGAACUCAGCACAUUAAGUCCUGCAAGACUGCAGACACCCAAAGUAACAUUUGAAUGUCCUCCACUAUGUUAGACACUUGAACUCAGCAGAGGCUAUUUCUCACACACAGUAUCUAACGUUAGAAUGUCCCACAGUGUUUUGGACACCUGAAGUAAGCACAGACCAUCACACUGUUCCUGACAACAAGCCACUAACUGAUCUCGGCCUUAUUUUUCAUAUUUCUUUGCAAUAAAGUGAGAUAUUUAUUUGCAAUAUGGUGCUCAGAAGAAAGCGCUGGAUUUUUUUCUUAGAGUGUUUUUUUGUGACUGUAGUGAGAGAAAUGUCAGCUUUGUGCUCGUAGAGUCAUCACAGUGUUGGUCAGAAAGUAAA